AUGAAACGAAAUCUUCAUAUGCGAGAUCGUACCGGUCAGGAACCUGUUCUUAAUCACGCUGACGGCAGUGACACGCACAAGUAUGGGUCCAAUCAUCAUAACAUUCCUCAUCCACAUUAUCAAGCAGCUUACAACUUGGACGAUGCAGUAAUUGCUUCAAUUCUUGGGAAAGACAAAUAUUUGUACGAUGAGUAUUAUCAUCGUCGUGUUUGUGAUUACGAUCCAGAGGCCUAUUUUCUUCCCCUUCGUAGAAAACCCAUCCCAGAUCAGAAUCCUCUCUACGUGUUGGACUUAAUCUCGACCAUUUGGAGUUUCAUUCCUGAAAAUUAUUGGUUAUCAUCUCUUGUGAAUUUGAUGUUAACUUCGAAGAGGAUUGCAAGUCUGUGUUUGUCAAAGGAAGCUCUGUUGAGUGUGUGGAUGAAUUCACCAGGAUUUUACGUGAACUCGGAAGGUUUAUUGACAUUCAUGUUGAAAGAUUUGUUGGAGGUUUGCAAAAUGUAUGGAGACAAUUUAUUUGCAAACUUGUCUAAAACAAAGUUGACCAUUUCUCAUAUUUUGAAGUUGUGCAACAACGGGCUCAGUUUAACUGAGAAGUUUGAAACUGUGACCCUUCACAGGAUGUUUGUUUCUCAGAAAUCUCUGGUUGAACUGCUCGGAAUGCAAAGCAGAAUCAAAUACUUGAAAUUUGACGAGUGUAAAACCUUACAAGACGUUCAAAGAUCAGUCACCUUGAAAACAAGAAGUUUAAUUGGUCUUUCUUUUCUAAACUCUGAGAUUACAUUUCCUGACUCUACAACUUUUCCCACAACUCUUCACUCAUUGGAAUUUUGUAACGCCUUAUCUGAUAGCGAUCAAGAGUUCUUAAAACAAUUAACACCCCAACAGCUGAAGACGUUGAAGUUAUGGAACCACUAUGAUAUCCCACGACACUUGUUUUCAGCUUCUCGCCUGAAUCAUGUUGUUCUUCCUGGACUGCAUAUCACGUUCCCAAAAAGUGUUUUUGGUUUAACAUUGGUUUCAUUGACUUAUCCUUACCUCUCUACACUAGCUGAUGACGUUAGACAGAACAAAAUUAACCCAUACAAGCAAAUUAAAAGCUUGGCCAUUCGAAAUUUGGACAUCUCUCGCAUCAUCCCUUUGACGACGUUUAUUGAGGCUCUGUUUGUCGUUUUUCCAAAGCUUAAAUACUUGACUCUUCCUGAGUCCAUCAUCUAUAAUACGAAGGCAAAUCUUGAACAAAAGAACAACAACGAUGAUGAUGAAAAUUACACCGUGAAUACAAUUGUCACUCAAGAUGAAACACAAUUUGUACCAACAUCAUUGGUACAAGUGAAAAUUUUACACACUUCAACUGCUUGGAAGUUCUUUUUAGAAUGCUUGCUGUAUGAGAUUCAAAUGGAAUAUCCUUCUCUCAAUAUUCACACUGCUCUCGAAUUGGUUGAUGAGAGAACAAUUUCUUUUCGUUCUGGAUUAAUAUCUACUGUGAAUUGGGAGAUUCCAAAGAGUUGGCUUAAUAAGAGAACAGAAGAAUUCUUCAACAAGAUUCAUAAUUGGUAUCGAAUGUACAAUGAUUAUCCAAAAGUGAGGCGUAAAAUCGAUGGCAUGAGACGAAAACUUAUCACAUUGUGUGCAUUUACCAAUCCAGUUCCUUCCGAUACCAUUGCUGAUUUAAACGAUAGCAUGUUGGAGUUUGAGGGUAUGAGUUUAUUCUCAAAUCAAGUAUUGGAUCUCCGAAAAAAACAAUUAUCUAUAUUUUCAGAAUAUGUUCCUUUGGAAUUGUGUGACAUUUCAAAAAAGAUGAAAUUGUUACUACAAGUAAUUGAAAAUGAAUUUGACGAGGAUGUUUGUAUUGGAAUGGAACAGAAUGUUUCAGAGUCUAGAAUUGGAAUGUAUAUCCAUGAACUGUCUGUUUUUGUAAAAGAAUUGGAAAGUGUGUUAAUUGAGCGUGAUGUGAGUACAAUGGUGUUGAGACCAAACGAAUGGUAUUCUGAAGAUAUCGUAGAAGUGUAUGACAAUGAGGAUGAUGAAUUGAUUGACAUUGAAAUUGAUUUUGAUGACGAUGAGAAUAGUUCAACUGAUCUAGACGACAAUGAGUUAUUAGAGGAGGAUGAGGAAACCAUUUGA